GAGCAUAAGGGUCCCACUGAGGGGCCACGGGAAUUAAGCUGCCACUUUGGAGGAUUCCCUCUGUGCUGCUUUGUUUAGAGGAGAUGAAGAGAUCUGGUGGACCGUCCGGGCUGCAGGUUACCGCGUUCAUCAGGAGGUGGUCAAUAAGAGUGGAGGUGGAUGAAGAAGAAUCGGCUUAGAGAGGUUUCCAUAAACUCUGCCUUCAAGACGUGUUAGACAUGGAGUCAUAGAAGAUCUACUAAGUCCUUAUGCAAGAGGCCAUAAAAUCUGAGCGCUGCCAGGAAAUGUACAGCAAAGACAGACUGGAAAAGGAAAACAAACAGAUUCUUUAUGGAGGGAAGGAGGAGCCAACAACAGAACAGUCUGAGUCACCUGACUGCUGGGACUCACAGGAAAUGACAUCAGAAGGGUUGGAGUGUGCCCACAUGGAGGGGGCAUUGACUCGGGAGGAGGGAAGGAGACGUUCAUGUUUCUCUGUCAAGCAGAAGAGACAAUGUGGACAGACAGGUGGAUCCAAAGUGGAGGGCAGCUUCCACAGGUCCAAAUCAAGGGGCCCGGGGCCCUGCUCUAACAAAGGACAGGACAAAGACAUCAAGACAGAGGAGCCUCGUGGACUUGGGCCGUUCUACUUCUUUGGAGGAACCAAUGGGGCUGAAGUUGUGUGCGGCUACUGCGAGAGGAGAGGAUGGAAGAGAAUUUAUAACAAGCAGAGGGAAGAUUUCAGGCUCAAGUGGUGCGAGACCAAAUCUCAAAUUAACUACAGCCGCUUCAAGCAAGGUAGACACUUGGUGUUCCAGAUUCCCAACAACAUGGUUCUCACCACUAAAAUCGGCCUCCUGAACAGCCUGCGGGAAUUUGAGAGAAUAACCAGCAAAAUCAGAUACAAAAAUGGACACAGGAGGCUGAAAAUGGAGGAGUUCAUUCCCACAACGUUCCGCAUGGAUGUGAAGGAAGAGAGGGAGGAUUUCUUUUCCCGCAUCGCCCCACAGGAGGGUGAAACAGACUUGAAGAAGACAGAGAGCAGCAUGUGGAUCUGUAAGCCCACAGGCCUGAACCGGGGCAAGGGAAUCUUCCUCCUGAAGAACCAGGAGGAUGUGACCGAAUUCAGACUGAAGCUACAGAAGAUGGAGGAGCUCCAGGCUGACCGCAGGACGCCUCACCGCCGGAUUCAGCCCCACAUCGUCCAGCGUUACAUCCAGAAACCCCUUCUACUAAAUGACAGAAAGUUUGAUGUGCGCUCUUACCUUCUCAUUGCCUCCACUGCGCCCUACAUGGUCUUCUUUCGUCAUGGGUAUGUCCGACUGACGUGUGACGUCUACGAUCCCACAUCCAAAAACCUCUCUGCUCACCUCACCAACCAGUACAUGCAGAAGAGAAACCCUUUGUACAGCCAGGUAAAGGAGGACACUGUUUGGUCUAUGGAGAGCUUCAACGCCUACGUCAACGAAAGGCUUCAGGUUGCCAAGGGUCUGCCCAGGGACUGGGUGCUGGGAGCCUUUACGAAGCGCAUGCAACAGAUCAUGACCCAGUGUUUCUUUGCCGUCAAGACCAAGUUAGACUGCCGGCCUGGAUUCUUCGACUUGAUUGGCUGCGACUUCAUGAUCGACGAGGACUUCAAGGUGUGGCUUCUGGAAAUGAACUGUAAUCCAGCUUUACACAGAAACUGCGAGGUGCUGAAGGAGGUGAUACCCCGCACUGUUGGAGAAGCUCUGGAUUUAACUCUGGAGCUGUUCAACAAGUGUCGUCUCAGGCAGGAAAUCCUUCCUUUAGUCAGUCAACAGGACUUUGUACUGCUGUACAGCGGUGUCUUAGGACAUGUCGACAACAAGAGGACCGACAGCAGUGAUGUCUGCCAGAAAGCUAAAAACAACAGGAAGCCCAGAGAGCACAAGACCAGGACAGAGAUCACAAAAGGGACUGUUGCAUCACAGGAGGAUCCUCUGACUGAAGUCACUCAGACAGAAACAUCACCUCUUCAUCAAAGCGCAGCGUCAGUAGGUGAAUGCCCAAUGGCUGUCAGGAGGAAGACCAGAGCACCUCAAGUCAGACUGAAGCUGAGCAAAUGCAAUUCUGUUGAGGGUCGUUUGAAAGCCGAAGAUGAUGGGAAGCAAACGAAGGCUUAGCAGAAGUGAAAGAUCACCAUGUUUCUGUCAUUGUUUGCAACCCAGGUGACUGCAGUUCUGUCUGCAGGCCUUCUGAUGAAAACUCAAACGGUACGCAGUCAGAUCAGGGUACAGAAGAAAAAAGGAACAGCGAUGGAAACAAAUGUGAUCUCUGAGCAGUGCAGGUGGAAAAGUUUUGGAUGACAAUAAAGGCGGCCUUUGUCUUCCA